AUGCCGGCCCUCCCUCCGUCCGAGCCCGCCUACCGAGAACAAAGAAGACAGAAAGUUGAAGAAUAUCUGUCAAGAAAAAAGACCUUUUCUGGUGUGCCCAUUCAAGAAAACCAGACAUCAAUCAGUAGCAGAACUAGGAGUGCAACUAGCAGUAAACUGCAAGACAAAAUACAGCUCUCAGCAUCUCCAGAGCCAAAAAUGGAAAAUAAAGAGAAUGCUAAUAAACUGUCAUGGGAUCAAUCAAGCGAAACCGCAGAAAAAAACAUUAUUUUCAACUCUUCCACCAUCACACUGACAAAUUCUGUACCAGGCACCAACUAUAGUACUGAAGAUCAUGAAGCCACUGACAUAAAAUCUCAGCAUAUGUCACUCAGCAAGUCCUUCUUGCAAGUAAAACGCAGAAAAGAGAAGCAACUGAUUGCAGAAAAACAAAAUUCAACUGUCAGCCUUCCAAAGAAACCAGUGCUUGGUACAUACCGUGGCAAAGUUAUCCAAUCCAAGAUAAACUCCUUCCGAAAGACACCAAAAAGUGAGGUGGAAGAGAGUUCUUUGCCAGACAAGAAGCUCCUUCCUUCUGCUGCCAAACGAGCAGCAAGUUCUUUGUCCACGGACAGCUCUGGUAUAGUUCUGAAGACCAUGAAAAUCACAAACCACCGGAAUUCUGUAAAACCAAAUGGUAUCCUCCCACUCCAGGGUGAACCAACUGACAAAGCUGCUAUUAACUCACAGUCUCAUCUGAAGAAACAGCAACUGACAUCUGCUGUAGCACUAAAGAAAGUAACAAUCCAAAAAAGGGUGGGUGGAUGGGGACCACAGCCAACGAAGGCUGCUUCUAACAUUUCUGACCGCAGAGUACUAGGAGUGAAGAAAUGUACAGAUGCAAGACCAGGAGCUUCAGCAAAAACAAUUUCUGUUGAUCCUGCUACAAAGUUGGGACAGAAUUCUAAAACUAAUGGCAACAGAAAAUCUGUUCUGCCAAAAGAGUCAGCGGAAGAGAGAAGAGCUCGCUUGGAUGAAUGGAGGGCAUCGAGAGGAAAAGUUAUGAGGAGACCUCCUAUAUCUGCACUUCUGGGACCCCACUCUAAAAGUGAAGAACAAGAAUUCUCCUCUGGGGAUUCUCUAGAGCGUGUAUUACGUAAUGAAAAGGUCAACAAGACUCUUGAAGAAUGUCUGCAGUUAACUGAACAGGGAUGUCAAGGUGAUGAAAUACGUGCGAAGUUGGAAGAUCUGACACAGGGCAUUCCUGGGGAAAAAAAGCUUGCAAAAUAUUGGAUCUGUUGUAUGCGUCUUGAACAGAUGGGCCCUGUUGAAAAGAUAAUUGCUGUCUUUGAGGAGGCCAUUUUGGAAGGAGCAAUGCCUAAAGAUGAACUACGACAUGCACUAAUAGAUAGCAUGAAAAAUAAUGAAAGCCUUUUCAGGUCUGAGGAUGGGGGAACUGUAAUACAAACUAAUUUAAGUGAUGCAGUGAAAGUCAGCAAGGAACCAAAUUCACCUGUAGAGCAGGCUGGGGAGGCUUCCAAGGAUCUCGGCUCUGAUGACCAAAAAGCAGAAAGUGAUGACAUAAAGGUAGAGACUAACAGUGAAGUGAUCAAAAAAGAAGAAACUGAUUUAGAUUUGAAACCAAGAGAAGAGAUCUUGCCAAAAAAGAAGAAAAAGAACAAGACUAAAGAAUCUAAGAAAAAGAAAGGAAAAAGUGGAACAGAAGAGCUGAAUGAGGAUGGGGUAAAAGAUGCAGUCCAAGCAGUUAAUUCUCUUGAGAAGGAGGAUGACACAUCUUAUUUAAUGAGACACAAUCCACCUACCACACCAUACUUGGAGAGUGUGAAGAUGCAACAUGAGGCAAAUUACUCCAGUGCUAAAGGCCUGAAAAUUGUAACUCCCUUGCGAUAUUCUCAACGCAUUCGGGAGAAGAUGUGUAAGCCGUCUGACGCUGUUAAAGAUCACGAUCCAUGUGUCUUGUCAUGGGAACAGCUGGGAGAUCUGGAAUCACAAGACACUGCAUUUAUCCACAAAGAGAGCAAUGCACUCAAAGAAACAAGUGCUGAAGUAGAAGAGUAA